GCAACAUGCUGGCUACUUACAGAGGCUGCAUGCCUGUGCACGAGAGCUUCCAACCUCCUGUGUGCUUCUGAGAGCGUCGCCUGCUCGUUAUCUUGUUACCUGUGGACUCUUUAUACGUUCUUCAGGCAUGAGAGAAUUUCGGGAGAUAACUUCUACUGUGCAGCCUAUUGUGUACAAUGCGAACACACAGAAGUGUGGAUCUGAGACAUGCUUGUCCAGCUGAGAUCACAGAGUGCAAGGGGAGUAUGGAGCAGUCUGCACCAUUACCUGUCACUUCACAGGUUACAGCAACUCCUGACCCUGCACCCAGCGCUGUUGUCCAGGCUGCAAUUAGUGCCGCCAAGCAGCAGAAGCGCAGGCCUAGAAGUCUGUGUUCACUGGGAAAUGGACUUUCAGGGCACAAAGCAGAGUCCAACUCCAGCUCUCUAGGGGGAGUAUUUGACUUCUUGAAGCAGCAGACCGGGAGGAGAUGUGAGCCAGCAGCAGAGAGCUCUCCUCACUGGCCACUAAGUAUGAGUGUCCUGGAUAUAAACCGUCUUGGCAAAGGAAGAGGGGGAGCCGCAUCUGAGGGAGUGCGCACUACAGGGGGAUUUACUCGCAGCAACAGCUCUGGAUUCUUGCGGGGGGCUUCGCUUUGGAGUAGCCAGAGGUGGAAUGUGUUUGGUUCCAGAGGGGCAUCUGAAAGUGGCUCAGAGUCACAAAAAAAUCUUUCAUCUUUGCGGAAGAGUUUUAGCUUCAGACUGCGCAAGAGGAUGGAGUCUAGGAAAGAGAUUGAAGUGCAGGAGAACUGGAUGAGGAGCCUUAGAGAAGGAGAAGGUUGUUCGGUAUCUGCAGCCUCCUCCCGCCGAGACCUCCAUGUGUCUGAGCCCCCUGCAGAGUACAAUAGGGAGAGUAAGCGCAGCUUGUGGAGCAUCAUCACUGGCACUUUCCGCAAAAAGGAGUUUGUUUCUAGCGUCUCUUUGCCAGCUAAAGACAGUGGGAGAGCCUCUGAGCCCGUGCUUGUUGGUGUGAUGCGCACAGGGAGCAGGGUGUGCAGAGGCUGGGGGGAUUCAUUUGUGAAUAGUCAGGAGUGGACUCUGAGCAGAUCUGUGCCGGAGCUGAAGGUGGGCAUUGUUGGCAAUCUGUCAAGUGGGAAGUCAGCUCUUGUACACCGGUACCUGACGGGAACAUACGUUCAAGAGGAAUCUCCUGAAGGGGGAAGGUUCAAAAAGGAGAUUGUGGUAGACGGACAGAGUUAUCUUUUAUUAAUCAGAGAUGAGGGUGGACCACCAGAAAUGCAGUUUGCAGCCUGGGUGGACGCUGUUGUGUUUGUGUUCAGCCUUGAAGAUGAGAUCAGUUUUCAGACAGUAUUUAAUUACUAUGCUCGGCUUACCAGUUAUCGGAACACUACGGACGUACCCAUGGUGCUUGUGGGGACUCAAGGUGAGAGAAAUUCCAGGCUGAUAAAUAUAUUCUAUAUUAUACCCCCUCCCCUUCUGCUAGACUUCUCACAGACCCGUUUCACCCAACAUUUACUUUCCAUGUUGGCCCAAGACUCCUGCCUUACUCCAUGUCACCUUCUCCUUCUGACUUUCCCUCUCCUUUUCAUCAUUUAUGCUUUUUUUCCUUUAACAUUUUGUUCCCACCUUCCUUACUUGCUUUUCUCUUGUUUCCCCGCUGCCCACCACAUCUCAGUGGCUCAGAAGGUGGUCGCCAUCCGUAAGAAGCAGCAGUUAUCUAUUGGUCCGUGCAAGUCCCUGCCCAACUCUCCUAGCCAUUCCUCAGUGUCUGCUGCCUCCAUCCCGUCCAUGCAUAUGAACCAGGCCGCUAACGGGGGAGGGACCUUCAGUGAUUAUUCAUCGUCUGUGCCGUCUACUCCCAGUAUCGGACAGCGGGAGUUGCGCAUCGAGACCAUCGCGGCUGCCAGCACUCCCACCCCGAUCCGCAAGCAGAGCAAGCGACGCUCCAACAUCUUCACGUCUCGGCGGGGUGCAGAGACGGACAGAGAGAAGCGGGCCUCGGAGUGUAAAUCUGAGAGUGUUGGCAGUGGAAGAGCCAUACCUAUCAAACAGGGUGUUCUACUUAAGAGAAGUGGAAAAUCUCUCAAUAAGGAAUGGAAGAAGAAAUAUGUGACGCUGUGUGAUAACGGAGUUUUAACUUAUCAUCCUAGUCUGCACGACUAUAUGCAAAACAUUCAUGGGAAGCAGAUUGAUUUGUUAAGGACGACUGUAAAAGUUCCCGGGAAAAGGCCACCAAGGGCAAUAAGUGGUGCAGCCAGCCAGCCAACUGCACCCCCAGGGGCCUCUCUGUCUAAUACCAAUAACUGUUUGCCGUCUGAGCGAUCGGUCAGUGGUCUGAGCCUUUCUACUUUCAGUAAAAGUGACAGUAUUGGCAGUGCCAGCCUCAUGACCCAGAGAUCCUUUUCUGUGUGCAGCGGCGAGCAAUGGGUCGAUAACCCCACAGGUGUCUCUUCCGGUGACUCUUUGAGUCCAGCCUCUAACAUAGGGGGUACAUCCAGCCCAAAACUUGAGCCACCACCUUCUCCCCAUACAAAUCGCAAGAAACAUCGCAGAAAAAAGACUAAUGCUCCUCCACGUUUUGAGGGUGUAACCAGCACAACUGAAGAGCUUGAAGAGUCCUAUGGCUUUGUCAUCGUGUCUCUUAGUGGACAAACCUGGCACUUUGAGGCUGCCCUGUACGAAGACAGAGAGCUUUGGGUUCAAGCUAUUGAGAGUCAGAUCCUCGCCAGUCUGCAAGGCUGUGAGAGCACCAAAAAUAAGACGCGACUGAGCAGUCAGAGUGAUGCUCUUGCAAUUCAGUCCAUCCGUAGCGUGCGAGGCAACAGUCAGUGCGUGGAUUGUGAAACACCUAACCCAGACUGGGCUAGCUUGAACCUUGGAGCAUUGAUGUGUAUUGAGUGCUCAGGAAUUCACCGUAACCUUGGAACUCACCUGUCUCGUGUGCGCUCAUUGGAUCUGGAUGAUUGGCCGGUGGAGCUUUCUAUGGUGAUGAUGGCUAUCGGGAACAUCCUCGCCAACAGUGUAUGGGAGGAUUCCACCCAGGGCUACAGCAAACCUACAUCAGAAAGUUCCAGGGAGGAGAAGGAGAGAUGGAUUCGUGCAAAGUAUGAGCAGAAACUUUUCCUUUGCCCACUUCCAGCAUCAGAUGUUCCACUUGGACAGCAGCUCCUCCGGGCAGUGGUUGAGGAUGAUCUGCGAGUGGUGGUCACUCUGCUUGCUCAUGGCACUAAGGAGGAAGUAAACGAGACCUACGGAGAUGGGGAUGGACGUUCAGCACUUCACCUCUCUGCUGCUAUGGCUAACGUGGUGCUGACACAGCUUCUCAUCUGGUAUGGAGUGGAUGUGAAGUCCUGUGAUGCCCAUGGCCUGACUCCACUUUAUUAUGCUCGCAGAGCGGGGAGUACAGAGUGUGCAGAUAUCCUAGUCCAACAUGGCUGUCCCAGUGAUGACCGCAGCUCUUCCCCUGGCCUGUAGAUUCUGUGUCUGUUACCCCUGAAACAGAUUUCAGACGCCAUCAAGUAGUGACUUAUGUACAUUGAAGCUAAGCACCCAACAAUGUUUUACCUCUGGAUUCUAAACCCUCUGACGUGGCUCUGGCAGCCAUUUUAUUUCUGUAUGACAAGGUUCUCUGUGUUUCUCAGGAUGCCACCUACCUUCCCUCGCCAUCCAUCUGCUCAGCGUCCAGUUUGUGUCCUGUGUGUAUGUGUAUAUAUAUAUAUAGCUUCAUAUGACAGUGAUAUGAUGUUUGCACAAAUACAAAGCUAGGGGCACGGUAUUGUGCCUCAGGUCAGGCUCACUCCUUCAUUUGAGACCAUUCUAGUGGGCAGAUGGGGGCUCCUAGUGUAUAAAUUGUACAGGAUAUUUAUAGCACUGUAUAUAUCAUGCUCUGUGUCAUAUUUGUGCUGUGAAAUAAAGAGACUUGCAAAACAA